UUCUAGUGCGCGCUCUCCUUCCACUGUCGGACUCUCUUCUUGCGGACUCUGGCUGGAGGUGGAGGAUAACAAAAAUAUUUUUUAUGGUGCCGAAAGCUGCUCUUCCCUUUUCUUCGCGUCAACUUGAGACUGAGAGAAAACUCAGAAAGUGUUUUUUUUAAUGUUAUUUUAUUUUUUUUGCGUGAAAAACAAAGUGGAGCUUCAGCCUGAGGAAAAGACAAGUCAGCUGCUGAACCCAGAAGCAUGUCCUCCUUUGGCAGCAGGACCCUCUCUGCUCUUCCUCAGGGUGACCCUCUGACAUGAGCCACUGAAGUUUAAAGACACAGCUCCCUCUGCUGGACGUCAUCUGCAGCUACAGACCAUGGCUGAGUCCAGCUACUCCGAUCUCAUUGCCAAACACUACAACUUCACUGGCAAGUUUCGGAAGACGCAGCAGGACUCCGGUCUGAAGGCUGACUCUGUGAUCUUCAUCAUCGUGUGCUGCUUCAUCAUCCUGGAGAACAUCCUGGUUCUUGCCACCAUUUGGAGGACCAAGAAGUUUCAUAAGCCCAUGUACUACUUCAUUGGGAACCUGGCGCUGUCCGACCUGCUGGCCGGCGUUGUGUACACCGCCAAUAUCCUGCUGUCUGGAGCCAACACCUACAAGUUGACACCCACACAGUGGUUCCUGAGAGAGGGCAGCAUGUUUGUGGCUCUGGCGGCAUCUGUCUUCAGCCUGCUGGCCAUCGCCAUUGAGCGCCACCUCACCAUGCUGAAAAUGAAGCUGCACAACAACGGCAACACGUGCCGCGUCUUCCUCCUCAUCAGCACGGUGUGGAUGAUUGCAGCGAUGCUGGGCGGGCUGCCGCUGAUGGGCUGGAACUGCAUCCACAGGAUGUCGGAGUGCUCCACCGUCCUGCCACUCUACCACAAGACCUACAUCCUGUUCUGCACCACCGUCUUCAGCAUCAUCCUCAUGGCCAUCGUGGUGCUCUACGCCCGGAUUUACACGCUGGUGCGCACUCGCAGCAGCAAGCUCGUCUUCCGCAAAGUAACCAACAGCCGCGGAAACCCCAGCGCCAACACCAAGAGCUCAGAGAAGUCCCUGGCUCUGCUGAAGACCGUCAUCAUUGUCCUGAGCUGCUUCAUUGCCUGCUGGGCGCCGCUCUUCAUCCUCCUGCUGCUGGACGUGGCCUGUGAGACACUGAGCUGCCCCAUCCUCUACAAGGUGGAUUGGUUUCUUGCGCUCGCUGUCCUUAACUCGGCCAUGAAUCCCCUCAUCUACACGCUGACCAGCAACGAGAUGCGGCGCGCCUUCCUCAAGACGCUGCUGUGCUGCACCACCUGCAUCAGGCCAAAGGCUAAGUUCACGGGGCCCAUCAUGGGGGCGGAGUUCAGUCGCAGCAAGUCCGAUAACUCCUCCCAUCCCCACAAGGAAGAGGGGGAAUAUUCUCCAAAGGAGACAACAGCGGUGUCCUCAGGGAAUGCCACCUCGUCCUCCUAAACACGGACGGAUUGUCCAGUUGAUGGCUGUGUUUGUACAGGUUUACCUUCAGCUGAUCACAGCCCGCAUUGAGACUUCCAAACUGGAUAAACUGGCAAAACUCUGACUCAAAGGUUUCGUGAAGCUCCGCUUUAAGGCUGCAGCCUGUGGAUCCCUGUGGUCAUGCUUUGUUUAGCACUGAGUCUCCCCAGAACACUUUGUUCACUGAAGGUGGCAUGUAGCUCCAUCCACCAGAUAGUGGGAGGAGCUACAGGAGGGUUUCAAACAUCUCUGUGGUUUGGUGCUUCACGAAGGAGUUUGAACUGGAAUUCUGAUCAUCAUAGGAACUGUGGUUGAUUCUGGUAGAAGAAUCCGACUUUACACUUACUCGCUAAGAAAAACUAGAGCAUGUAGCACUUAAGCACACAAGUGUGAUAAUAUUUAAUUCAGAGAAAUGUCAUAUUUGUUUGUCUUCGCCUUGAAGAAGUUCAGGCAUGAAUUCAGAGCUCAGCUGCUUCUGUGUCUGUGACCUUGUCUCUCCUUAAACGGUUUCUGAGCUCCGGUUCUCAGGAUCCACCAACAUGCAUGUUCUGUUUCUCUGUAUGAAGACCCAUCCCGUUGAAAACAGUGUUUUUUUUUAACACAUUAUUUUGGGAUUUUUUUCAUGAUAGAGGACAUAUAUGAAGAAUAUUAAGCUUAAAACUGCUUUACUGAGUAUUUCUAUUUUCAAAUCAUUGUGAAUCAAGAGCAGGCAAAAAGAUUAUAGGUGUGACAUAGAAGCUACAAAUUCUCAGAAAGCGCGUAAACAGAUGAGUGACGGGAGAUGGAGGCGGGCUUAUUCCACGUCAUUGGUCCCACCCACAUCUCAAAGGCAAAUUUCUGAUGAACUACUGCCGCUCUGCAGAAACUAUGUCCUAGAAAACGAAACCAUUUUUUAAUUUGUUUUAUUUCAUUUAAACUAAAUGGCAUAAACAUAAUCAAAAGACCACUGGGAACGGUUUAAAAACUGAUUAAAAAUUGACCAGAGUAGGACUUUAAAGCAGAGGAACAGAAAAAGUAUCCAAGACGGUGGACCCUAAAAGCCUGGAAUUCAGAAACAAUGUAAGACACCUACAGUUUUUUUUUUAAAUUGUAUAUUCCAAAUAAGGGAACAAAUGACAAAAAAGGGACAAUAUGAGAUCAGGCUGUUUUUUCUUUAGUGGCAAAAGUAAUGCUACAGAAAAGAAGAGAAGGCAACACAAAUGUUUUGAACUCUUAAUACAAUAAGUGUUAGUGAAAUGACUCCAGUUCCUAUUUUGCCUAAAUGUUGGGUCAAAAUAUUAUUUGAAUGUUUGUGGAUUUUUUUAAUCAAUUGGGUACAAGCGAAAGGUUUUCACCAUAAUUUUCUUUUUCAUUGACCCUAUUUAUUAAAACUAAAAAUAAUUGCCCCAAUCUAUUAGAGCUUAGUUGUCAUACACAAAGUUUGUUUUUUGCUCUAUAAGCACUUAAAAAAAUAUAACUAAUAUGUAAUUAGUUUUCCAGAAAUAAUUGAUUUUGAACCUAAGCUUAAAGCAAUAAGCCUUAAACUCUCCAAAUAAGACAUAAGUCAAUUUAUUACUUUGAAAAUAUGGCGAUUAAAAAAAGGUUAUCUCUGAGAUAGGUCAGUUUUUUGAUGCCCAGUCAGUCGAUCAUCUUGUGGUUUUACAUGAUAAAAUUCUGUUUGAUGUUCCAGAUGAUCCUCUGAGCUGUGAAUUUGUGAGCAUUUCUGAUGUGUUGAUCGUGUUCGACUUGUAGAAACAUUGGGUCAGACUGUGUUUUCUAUUUGUGUCCGUUGCUGUUGCCGCCAGUGGUGACAAAAGUGUAGUUGAUCUAAUUUAAACAAAAGAAAAAAAUAAAGUUUUUUGUUUUUUGCAGGAUGCAUCAAAAGACGUCAAGAGCAUUUUAAAAAUCGAUAAACUACAAACAGGAAUUUUACUCUGACUAUUUAAAGAAUUUCCGCAUCAUAGGACAUGUUUUCAUAGACGCGGCUUUGAUAGUGUUCCAGUGCCUUUUGGUUUCUUUUAUUUUCCAUCAGAAAAUAGAUUAAUAAAUUAAUUUCCUUAUCUAUAUUUGUAAUGUGCGACGACCCAGCAGAAUUCUCUGUCUUUCUUUUUAAUUCCUGUAUGUCUGUUCAGUGUUUAGUGUUUGUUAGCACAUAAUAAAGAGAAAUAGAAAUAUG